GCCUCAAGGCAAGCGAUUAAGAGCCAGAGCAGUUCCAAUCUGUUUCAACUCAAGAGUCUGUUUUGAGUGAGCAAUGAAACAUGGCCCCUGACUCCUCCACAUUGGGAUAUAACAAGUAUGUUGAGUUUGUCCGUACCAGCUAUGGAAAGAACACAGUGAAGCUUCUGCAUAUCAGACGCGAGGGGAAACACCAUUACAUUAAAGAAAUCCAGGUGGACGUUGACUUGUCUUUGAAAACACGAAAAGACUACCUUGACGGGGAUAACUCUGACAUCAUUCCUACUGAUACCAUCAAAAACUCUGUCCAUGCCUUAGCAAAACUGAGAGGGAUCCGGACUUUGGAAGAAUUCUCUGUGGACGUGUGUGACCACUUCUUGUCCUCUUUCAAACAUGUUACACGUGCCAAGGUUAACAUCGACGAGGCACAAUGGAGACGUUUGGAGAUGAACGCUAUUGAACAUGUCCACGCUUUUGUUUACUGUCCUGAAAUGGUUCGUUUUUGUGAGGCUGAGCAGAACCAAAACGAGCCCCCUGUGGUCCAUGGCGGAAUAAAAGAGUUGAAGGUCCUGAAAACCACCCAGAGCGGGUUUGAAGGCUUUGUCAAAGACCGGUUUACCACUCUACCUGAAGUACGCGACCGCUGCUUCUGCACGGUGGUGUACGCAAAAUGGCGCUACAACAAACUGACGAACGUCUCCUUCGAUGCAGUAUGCAAAAAUGUAAAGGAUGCUAUUUUCGAAAAGUUUGCAGGCCCGUACGACCGUGGUGAAUAUUCCCCUUCAGUCCAGAAGACCCUCUAUGACACUCAGGUCCUCGUUCUGAAGAGAGUCCCGGAGAUUGAAGAGAUUGAGAUAGUCAUGCCGAACAAGCAUUAUUUUACUAUUGACAUGUCAAAAAUGGGGAUUGACAAUAAAGAUGAGGUUCUCUUACCUCUGGACAACCCAUCGGGUAAUAUUGCAGGUACCGUCAGAAGGAAGCCGCUGUCCAGACUCUGAAGGAUUCAAAGACAUUUUCUGAAAAGUAAAGACGUUACUGCAAAGUG